CUUAUCAUAGGCUUACAACAUACCGCAUGAAUAUAUCCAGCUAUUUUAUAUACUGACAGUGGGUAGGACUUAAACUUAGCCAUGGAGCUCAUACUUAUAACAUUUUUGUUGAUUUUGAUUCUGAUCCCUUCUUCAAUACAGAAAGGAUCAGAGACUGAUGUGACAUGCAAACCAUACAGGGCUUAUAUCAUCUGGGACAUGUACGAAGAAGAUAGUUCAUAUUUCCUACAUAGGAGAGUAGCGUCCGAACUGAUAGAUGGCAUGCCGGACAGCUCAGUGAUACGUUUGAAAGCAGUAGGCGCAGAUUCAUUUGAUUCUCUUCAUUUCACAAAGGACAAUACCAAUACCAGCUGGACUGAUAUGAUAGUGAACAUAAAAGCAGGCCAUUUGAAACAUCACACAAUUCCAUACAGUAUAAUUCGAAAAGAUGUUUAUGAUGCUUUAGGUCACAGAAGUAGUCCUAAAAUGGCCGAAGUGUUUUUCUUGUUGGUGAAUGGACGAUCGCAGAUAGAUAGAAAGAAGAAGGCGAUAGCAGAGCUCAAAACAAAGAAAACGUUUGUCGUUUUCGCAGGAAAAAGUGAUCCAGCCGAUGUCUGGACCAGCAUUGCUACGAACAAAGACCAUGUACUUAAACUUAAUGACAGUGGACAAAAUGACUACGAAGAUUUUCUGAAUGUGGUUAAUACUGAUUCGAGACUAUACUGUGACACAAAUAUGUACUGGGAUGGUAAGGUGUGUUACAGGUGUUCUUAUAUAUGCACCCAGACACGCUCCGAGUACUGCCACUUCGAAUGUCCGUUUGUUUGAAAAUAAUAUGCAGUGUCCUUUCAUUCGACCAAAUUACAACCAGACUUUGACCAGCACACCGGAAUGACUGAAGGAACUAAUGGUGUAAAUGGUAUUAACAACCGUGACAGUGCCGAUUACCAGAAAUACAUAACUGUGGUGUUGGUUCUUCAGUGCAUUAUACUUUUGCUUAUUAUUGUAAUGAUUAUAAUAAAAUGUCAAUAACUAAAACGUCGUGGUUUUAGAGAUAACACUAGUACCGGUAACAGAAAGUGUAAAAGUAGAAAUUGAAUUACAGGACGGAAUGAUCUCUUUUUAUAAUCAUAUAUCAUUUCGGUUCAUUGGCUAUAAUACGUAAUACGUUAUAUUAAUUUUAAGGUGGUGAAAAGACACAGUUCUUGAAUGGAGAGGGCACGACUAGGAGAAAAAACAAUUAGCGAAUGAAUAAAUACGAACGAAUAUCAUUCAAAUUCAUUUUAUGAUAAAUUCUGUUACAGUUUUAUCUUUCGAAGUAUUUUUCAUUUUGAUACAUGAAAUAGUGUUUACAUGCUAUCAGUUUCAUUUUUUGUUAGCUGCGUUCAUUGUCGACGUUUAGAUUACCGUUUUCUCAGUGUCUUGUGGCAUGUUCCAACAUUAGAAAAUCCUGUUGAAGUUACAUAAUCGGCAUAUAAGCUUAUUCUUAUAAUAGCCAAAGUUACCAAUAGUAUAGUAUAAUAUAUAUACAUGUAUAUAUGUUUAGAAGUAAUGAAUUGAUCAUUUACAUACAUGGUAUUCUGUAACCGGAUUUCUUUUUUUUUUUUGAAUAUUUAAAGGCAAAUCUUUUUGGAAAUUACCCAAACUUAUAUUUUUUAACCACACGUUUAUACAGGAUUCGCUACAAUGUUAUUUCAUGUCACGACAUUCGGUGCCACCUGAACUCGAUUUUUCUCAUGUUUAUUAUUUUGUCCAUUUCAUUUCCGUAUCAUAGCAGUAGUACUGUGUAAUUUGGUUGCUAAUGAGUGCAAAGACACCGCGAUGUUUUAUCAUUUUUUGCGCCCCCUUAAAGCAAAAAGGUAUCAUGUGCUGAUAAUUAAAGAAGGUUAAGGCACCCUUUUGCAUUAAUAUAUAUUUUUUGUUAUCUACAUGCGUUUUAUCACGUCUUUUAAACACUUGUACUUAAUGACUUGUCUUUGGAAUGUUCUCUUCUUACUAUUUUAGUUGAAUAUUUGUUCAAUUAGUUAUUUAAGAGUUUUUAUAGAUCAUAUUAUUGUAGAGGAUACAUAGUCACAAAAUGUAAUUGAUUGUCAAAUUCAAAAUGACGAUGCGCAUAAUGUUUCUGCGCAUCUCCCUAUUAUUUGUUCUUAUCAUAUACAUGUGAAGGUAGAAAAUGGGCAAAUGAGUACCAAUAAUAUGACAAAAUGGCGAGAUGCUUAUAGACCAUAAUAAAUCUUAGACAGAAGAGACGUGUUAAAGUGCGCGCUGAAACUUGAAAGAAGAUAAACUCAACGAAUAUACUCAGCUAUUUGUUCUUAUAAUCAAUCUAGUGACAUACUUAUAUAUGUUUUAAGUUCGUUUAAAGCCGUAUAUAUUUAGCUACAUUGAAAUGAUACACUGGCGUUCCUCUUUAAUGGUAUUCAUAAUUUUAACAUGUCCAAGACAUUGCGGAAUGAUACUUAUUUCACUUGGGUAAUGAUUACAUUUUACUCGGACUUUAUCAUAGACUUCCUGUGUAAAAUCUCAAACUUUCAACUAAAAUAAAGAUAUUAAAUCAAUAAAAUAUUUCAAUGAAACUUCGAAGUUUUGUUGUUUGCAGCAUCAUCUGGGGCAUGUGCAGAGUGAAAUCUUAAUUUGAUUUCUAAAAUAGUGUGUUAUUUAUUUUUAAAGUCACUAUAUGUUCAUUGUAAAUAUACUUUGUUAUACCCAAGUGGAAACUGGCAGGUACUCGAAAAUGCAGCUCUCUGAUUGGUCAAUUAGAACCCCUAAUGUACUAUGAUGUCAUGAUAAAGUUAUGAAUGAAGUAAAAGAGUUAAAUGAAAAUCAAUCGUAAGAAACGUUCUACCACAGUUACAACAAAACAAUCCUUUAGAAGUUUUCACAGGGAGAAAAACGCCAAUACACAAUUGCGCUGCACAUAUAUUAUUCUGGUAGAAAAAAAAAGACAUCAAGAGUGCAUUAUGGUUAGACCUGUCAAAACUGAUAUCGAUAGGGUUUAAAAACGAUUUGAAGUAUUGUGUAGCCCUUCAGUUCAGAAAUAUUUCGUUGUUUUUUUCUUUUGAUUUAGACAAUAAAGUAAGAGUAUCGUACUUUAAAAUCUGCCUGACUAGUGUGUACGACAGAUUUUUAGCACUUUUGAAAAACUUAAGUAAAUUAUA